UGUCCCGUGACUUUUAUGAAAAACCCAUAUCAGACUAUAAAUAGGAUCGGACCGGUGGUUAAUUUCUACUUGGAAAAGUUACGGACAGAAAGACUGAAAAAACAUUUUGUUGCAAUAGUAGAAAGGAAGAUGAAGUUUGUGAUUGCCCUUGCCCUUGUUGUCAUCUUUGCCGUUGUUGCGAGUAAAGCAAGCGUGAGUAAUUCAAUUCACCAGGGUCAAGUCCGACUUACAAAAAACGAGCGGCAAAGAUAUAUGACGUUGUUGAAGAAACGCAACCAUAUAAAGAAAGAAUACCACUCAUUGAUGAGAUCACUGAAAAAGCUUAACCAACAAACUCAUCUUCUGCCUUCCAAACAAAGACGCACUGCUUUUGGAGAUGAAGAUAUGCUGCCAAAUGAGAACAUGGAUUUGAAUUCUCUUGUGGCAGCUCUCCCUGAAUAUAUUGAUGACAUUGAAGCUGAGGAUGACGAUCAAGUUGAUCAAAUUGUGAAGAAUUUGGAAGAAUAAAUUUCCCAGAAUCUAACUAAAGAAAAAUAGUGCUUAUAUAUUAAUUGUUGC